AUGGGCCAAAAGUUUUCUGCUCCGCCGUCUCCAAAAAGCCAAAGCAACAAUAAUGACUCCAAAUCGGUUAUUUUUUUCAAAAAAAUUCUAAAAAAAUCAAGAUUUUUCAGUCGAAUCCCGAAGCGACUUAUGAAAAUGUGCACGAUGGAAAAUCUUCAGGUCAACGGGUAUUUUUUUAAAAAAAUCCUCUAGAUAAGUUUUGGAAUCAAACCUCAUUAGCAAUCUAAUUCUAGAUGAAGAAGGGUUUUCAUAAAUGUGCUUUAUCGAAAGAAAAAAGUUUUGUCCUCAAAAAGUUGUGCCAAAGACCCUAUGCCAUUUUUCAGGCAAAUGUCAGUUCCCAAUCUUCGAGUCCAUCUUCAAUAAAUGUUCGUUUUUUCGAAAAAGAUUGUCCAAUACAAUGAAAUGAAAGUUUUGUAAAGAAAACUAGUCAAAUCUGUUCUAAUUUCCCCAAAAGAGUUAUAUUUCGCAAAUUAUUCGACAGCUUGAAUGAAUUUUAAGACAACUUGACUUUUGAAAAAAUGUUCUUUUUGGCAUUUUUAUAUGAAUCUUUAAUCGAGUUCUCCGUAAAGUCAAAACCUUUCAGAGUAUUUUCUAUCCAAUGACUAUCAGGUCCUUAUUUCCGUUUUCAAUUUCUGUUUCAACAGUUGCCGCCAAGCGUAGAGAAGGGGCCAGCAGAAGCAGUUGCGAAGGACGACAAUUCCUACGAGAACAUCGACGGUCCGAUCGAAGCGCCGAAAGAGGAGCACAAGCCGUAG